AACUUCACUCCUCUGAGUCCAACAGUAAAGUGACCGACAUGAUGAAGUGGCUCGUUGUCCUGUCAGCCCUUGUGGCUUUCUCCGAGUGCCUCCACAGGAUGCCCCUGAUCAAGGGGAAGACUGCCAGGGAGACCCUGCAGGAGCAGGGAAAGUGGGAGGAGUUCAGGAAGCAGCACCCAUACAACCCAAUGGCCAAGUUCAUCCAGACUGGAACUGAGUCCAUGACCAACGAUGCUGACCUGUCCUACUAUGGUGUGGUCUCCAUUGGUAACCCUCCUCAGUCCUUCACCGUCAUCUUUGACACCGGCUCCUCCAACCUGUGGAUCCCCUCAGUCUACUGCAGCAGCCAGGCCUGCCAGAACCACAAUAAAUUCAACCCUCAGCAGUCCUCCACCUUCAAGUGGGGAGACCAGCAACUGUCCAUCCAGUACGGCACUGGCAGCAUGACCGGAUAUCUGGGCAGCGACACUGUUGAGGUGGGCGGCAUCUAUGUGGCCAACCAGGUGUUUGGACUCAGCCAGACCGAGGCUGCUUUCAUGGCUUCCAUGGCAGCUGAUGGCAUCCUGGGACUGGCCUUCCAGUCCAUUGCCUCUGACAACGUCGUGCCUGUCUUCGACAACAUGAUCCAGCAGGGUCUGGUGUCCCAGCCAAUGUUCUCCGUCUACCUGAGCGGCAACAGUGAGCAGGGCAGUGAGGUGGUCUUCGGUGGUACCGACAGCAACCACUACACUGGACAAAUCAACUGGAUCCCCCUGUCUUCUGCCACCUACUGGCAGAUCAACAUGGACAGCGUUACCAUCAACGGACAGACCGUGGCCUGCUCUGGUGGCUGCCAGGCCAUCAUUGACACUGGUACCUCCCUGAUUGUUGGCCCAACCAGUGACAUCAACAACAUGAACUCCUGGGUCGGAGCCUCAACCAACGCGUACGGAGAGGCCACAGUGAACUGCCAGAACAUCCAGAGCAUGCCUGAUGUCACCUUCACUCUCAAUGGAUACGCCUUCACCGUCCCUGCAUCUGCCUACGUCUCUCAGAGCUCCUAUGGUUGCAUGACCGGCUUUGGCCAGGGUGGCUCUCAGCAGCUCUGGAUCCUGGGAGAUGUCUUCAUCAGGGAGUACUAUGCCGUCUUUAAUGCCCAGGGUCAGUCUGUUGGUCUGGCCAAGUCUGUUUAAUCAAAUAAGGCAGCUGAUGUAUAAUCUAUAAGAGUGUAUUUCCCUCUGGGGCCUUGUCUGAUUGAAGAUUGGAUGUAAAAAUAGUGCAAAUAGAAGACUCUUGACAGCAUACACAUGACUGUGUUGUAGCUGCCUUUUCAUUAAACUGA